AAAGCGGCGGGGCCGGAAGCGGAAGCGGGGCCGGGGCGGGCGGGCGGGCGGUGCCGCCGGCGUCGGGGCCGGCGAUGCUGUCGCUGGAUUUUUUGGACGAUGUUCGGCGCAUGAACAAGCGGCAGCUGUACUACCAGGUGCUGAACUUCGGCAUGAUCGUCUCGUCCGCCCUCAUGAUCUGGAAGGGGCUGAUGGUGGUGACGGGCAGCGAGAGCCCCAUCGUGGUGGUGCUGAGUGGCAGCAUGGAGCCUGCGUUUCACAGGGGAGAUCUCCUGUUCCUCACAAACCGAAUUGAAGAUCCCAUCAGAGUGGGAGAAAUCGUGGUCUUCAGGAUAGAAGGAAGGGAAAUCCCUAUAGUCCAUCGUGUCUUGAAAAUUCAUGAGAAGCAAAACGGUGACAUCAAAUUUCUGACAAAGGGAGACAAUAACGCCGUUGAUGACAGAGGGCUCUACAAACGAGGGCAGAACUGGCUGGAGAAAAAAGACGUAGUAGGACGAGCACGGGGAUUCGUGCCCUAUAUUGGAAUAGUGACUAUCUUAAUGAAUGAUUAUCCAAAAUUUAAGUAUGCAGUCCUCUUUCUACUGGGUUUAUUUGUGCUCGUCCAUCGAGAGUAGCCUCUUGCACUGAAGUAUGAGGUGAAGGUGCCAUGGAAUUUUUUUAGAUGAACGUUUUAAGUAGCUGAUGGUCUGAUGUGCCCUGAGGAAGAAGAAAACAUGCAUUUCAAAGCUUCUUGCCAGUUUGGGUUUGUUUUGUUUUUUACUGCCUAAGGGCGAAUGUUUGUCACAGUAUUUCCAAUGGUUUGUCACAUUUUAGCAUUUUUAGUGAGUUUUUAUAUUAAAAUUCUAAGCCAAUCUGUUCAGUGUUUGUACUUUGAAGCUGAGCUUCCUCUUGAAGUGCCUGUAGGACUGUGUCCUCUCAGCCUGUGCCUCUGCUGGGCAAGCGUGACCUCUCCCUUUGCUGGCUGACCUGUCAAACAGUGAGCUGUGCAGGUGAUGGUUUUUUUCCUAUUCAGAACUGGAAUAAAGAUUUUGCAACUUGCCC